GAUUUCACCUGUUUUAUUUUCUCAUUCUUCUGUCUUUCACAGGUUCAUUGCUAAACCAUGUGCCUUAGGCCUUAAAGUCCAAGCCAAUGGACCACAGAAAGCUCAACCUAAUGCUAUUCUGGAAAAGGUUUUCACAGCUAUUACAAAGCAUCCAGAUGAGAAGAGACUGGAGGGCCUCUCCAAGCAGCUGGACUGGGAUGUACGCAGCAUUCAGCGUUGGUUUCGACAAAGACGCAACCAGGAAAAGCCCAGCACUCUUAGGAAGUUCUGUGAGAGCAUGUGGAGAUUUACAUUUUACCUUUAUAUAUUUACCUAUGGAGUACGGUUCCUGAAAAAGACACCCUGGCUCUGGAAUACCAGACAGUGCUGGAACGGGUAUCCAUAUCAGCCACUGAUGCCUGACCUUCAUUAUUACUACAUAGUUGAAUUGUCAUUCUACUGGUCCUUAAUGUUUUCUCAAUUCAUUGAUGUCAAAAGAAAGGAUUUUGGCAUCAUGUUUACACAUCACAUUGUAACAGUCACCCUGAUUACCUUCUCAUAUGUGACCAAUUUGACACGAGUGGGAACCUUGGUCUUAUGUCUCCAUGACUCGGCUGAUAUUGUCCUAGAGGCUGCCAAAAUGGCAAACUAUUGCAAGUGUCAAAAACUGAGUGACCUUCUGUUCCUUACAUUUGCCAUUGUCUUCAUUGUCAGUAGGCUUGGCAUAUAUCCCUUAUGGAUAUUAAACACAACAUUGUUUGAACUGUAUGAAGCUCUGGGCAAUUUUCCUGCCUUGUGGGUCUUCAAUGUGCUGCUUAUAAUUCUUCAAAUUCUGCACUGUUUUUGGUCUUACCUGAUCAUAAAGGCAGCCUACAAAGCUAUUUCAAAGGGAAAGGUAGCAAAGGAUUCCCGAAGUGAUGUUGAGUCAAGCUCAGAUGAGGAAGAAACAGUACCUCGUUCAAAGACUCCGCACAGCACUAUCACCACUAAUGGGACCAGCGGUGCCAAUGGGACAAACGGGUAUCUUACUGGUGGCACUUGCUCAGAGGAGCAUUAAUCCUUGAGUUCAAUCAUGAGACACGAACAGAAUAACUUUUUGCUACUGGAAGUAAAUUAUAAGUUGUGAAUGCGGUUUAUUCAUAUAUCUCAGCAUCAGAAAAAAUUAGGAGUAUCAAAGCAUUCUGAUAGCGCACUGCCAUAUUUCCUGUUUGUGAAUGAAGACAGCACACCAUUCUGUAUAUGUAGGCAUGCUGUAUGUGUAUGUAACUGACACAAUGGGAGCAGUAUUUUCACUUGUACUGUCUUGGAAAUAUUAUUUAUUUUGUAUUCUUUCGGGAACUUCUGGACAAAGGGAAUAUCCAUUCUCAAACUUAAUAUCUUGGAUUCUCAGUGGUGGAGAGCAUCAUGCUCAGAUCUCUUCUGUCCAUCCCUGUUGCUUUUGCUGAAUCUGCUAUAAGUAAUAGUUGCUUGAUUUGUUACUUACAGUAAGAUAGAACAUAGCUUUCUAGAUUUUAGAUCUGCUUCAGAUAUUCUAGCUAUCUUUGUGUUUUAAAGUGCUGAUUUUGAAAUUACCUAUCAAAUCACAGUGACUGUUCCUCCAACAUAAAGUUUUAAAACACUGGAUUGAUAUUUUAAAUAGUAGGUAAUGUGGUCAAUUAGAAAUUUGGGGAAAAAAUGUGGUAAUUGUGGGAUAUUAUUUUAGCAUAAUUUAAAAUUCAAUUUGAU